AUGUCUGAACGAUUCAGAGAAAGAGUAAGUUUGAAUAUUUAUCAAAAAAAUAAAUAAAAAUACAACUUUUGUGGUUUAGCUGGGUAUUUUAUCCGAAGAACUCGAUGGAAAGUUGCGAUCGGUGUCGCCGAGUGGAAGUCGAUCACCACGCAGGAUGAGCCGAUCACCAAGACCGCAUGGUUCAACGAGUUCCACUAGUGCAAAGUGAGUUAGCCUUUUUUGAUGAGAAUGAGAAAAUUUGAAUUUUUGGAAUUAUUAAGGGUUUUCGAAUACUUUAUAUUUCUAGAAAAAAAAAAUUUCAUUUUACAGUUUUCUCCUAAUUUUUAUUCGACUUGAAAAGAUGUGUUUUGAUAUCUAUUAGUUUUAAAUAAGAACUGACUCAUAAAUCUUGCAAGAAAAAAACAACACUUGUUCUUGCAAAAUAUCUCUGGAAUUUCAUAAGAAAAAAAAAUACGAAACAUUACUGCAAUUCCAGAACUAAUUAAUCAAUUUUUUGUUCUAUCUCAAAAAAAUUGUUCAGGAUUUCGAAAUGUUCUAUUACUAUUUUAAAUAAUUUUUUCCUCACAUCAAGGAAUUAUUUAUUAUCCUGACAAAAAACAUUUUUUGUAAAUAAAGGCGAGGCGAGAAAACGCGCUCCACAGACAAUUUUUAUUCAACAUGUUUGGAAAACAAAUCUCAUUUCUCUAUGUUUCUUUUUGUUUUCCGGUUUUUACCGUUUUGAAUUAGUAAUGACCGAUGUGUAAAAGAACAAUCCGGUCAGAUUUUUUUAACGUUUCGGAAUAUCCUGUUCUUUCCUUUAUAAAAAAUUCCUAAAACGUUUCAACUCAAUAUUUUUAUUUUCAGCGAGCCAGCAAUCGGUAUAACUCGUCCACUUAUCCGUCAAUCACAUCCAGAAAUUGCUGCGUGGCCAGCCCCACCCCCAGCACAUCAAUUAUCUGGAAAUGUUCGGACACCAACAGUCGGUCCAACUCCACCUUCUCCAACUUUAGCAGUUCGACACCAACCACCUCCACAAGUCUCACCUUCACCAAUUUCACCAAGUAGUCAACAUUCACCAGCAAGUUCUAGAUAUGAAUUGGAUAAUUCUUCAAGUUUAUUAUCAGUUCUGAAAUUUGCCGCGAGCACAAGAGAAAAUAAUGUUUCUCGACAUAAUUCUAGAAUGAACCUCGAAUCAAAUUUAUUAACAAAUUGUGCUGAUAUUUUGGUGUCUGCUCAACCAGCUGGACGUGAAACAGAACUCAAACGAAAAAUACAAACUCUUGAAGAUACAGUAGCCGAAUACGAACGACAAAAAUAUAAUGUUAUGGGGACUUUCAGCGAAUAUCGAGAACGGGUUGCUGAACGUGAAAGAAAACUUGAGGCUGAAUAUUCGGGCAAAAUUAUUGCGCUAUCAGAGGAAGUUUUGGGAGCAAAGAAAGAUUUUGAAGCACGGAUGAAAAGUUUUCAAGCUCUUCAAGAUAAAUUUGAACGUGAAAAAGAGCAAGCUCUCGAAAAAUUGAGAAAAGAACAUCAGAAAGAGAUUCAAGUUUUGGAGCAGCGAUUCAGCGAUACCCAACUUCUGAAUCUGGAGCAAAAGUGAGUGGUCAUUUUGAAUGACCCAACACAAAUUAAUUUUAAGGUUUAUCAUUUUUGUUACAGAUACAUUCUCGAAAUCCAACGUCUCGAAGAAGAACGAAAAUCUCUCCGCGCUGAAAAGGAGCGACUUGGUGAAACUUUUGAAAUGAAACUCCGACGAGCUCAAUCUCUAUAUGAAACUGAAUUGACUGCUGCAAAAAUGCUAUAUACCAAGGAAUUGGAAGCAUUGCGAGAUCACGAAGAAGCGUUGAAAGAAGAAUUGUUAGCCAGGUGGGUGAAAAAAUUCUCAGAACGUUUUGCUACAUUAGUAGAAGGCUGGUGAGUUCAAAUAAUUCCAGUUUUAGAUCUCAACAGCCUCAACCAAUGUAACAAAAAACUGAAUAUUGGUAGGAAAUAAUAAUAAGAAAUAUUUGAACAAUAGGGGCAGUAGACUGUGAAUGAAUUAAUGUAGACUCUGAUUAUGAUAGUGCGAGUACUGAUAAGGAUGGUUUACAACCUAUUAAAGAAAACAUGUAGGGGCAAAAAAUAACGAACGACGUGGUAAACUUGUUCAUUAUGUAGAUCAUGAAAUACAUUUUCAAGAUGAACAGAAUUACAGAAUUUUUAAAAAGUGUAGGAAUAAGUGUUUUUGCAUAUCUAAUUUUAAAACCUUUUUAUUCUAUUCAUCUUUCAUUUUGAAACGUUCUUACCUCAAUUCAGAAAAAAAACUAUAAACAUAGAUCAGUUUACUGGUAGCAGGCAGAGUGGGUCAAAUUUUCCCAAUUUUUGAACCACUUCAUACGACCAGUAAUCUGAUAAAUGUUCUAUUUUUGAUAGAAAAUGUGGCGAGAAUCAAAUAUUUUCUGCUGGCCUUCUCGUUGUAAUAGUAGGAAAUCAUAAAUAAAGUGGAUUUUUUGUGAAAUAAACGAGCAAAACUUCAAUUUAUAUAUGUUUUUUUCGAAUCAAUUUUUAUCAAUAAAGAAUCUAAAAGCAUUUCAGACAGGACGAAUUUCACGACCGCCUACAGGAAUUACAAUUGCAAUCCAAACGAUCAAGAGAAGAAUUGGUUUCCUGUAAAAAUGAAGUGACAGCUCUUGAAAAGAAAUUGCAAAAUAAGGAAAAAGAAGUGCAAGCAAUAACAAAAGAGUUGGAUGAAGCUCGAACUGAAACAAAUGAUAGUAUCAGAAGGCUCAGCGCGGUUACAGCUGAAUUUUCAGAGUGUAAACAGAAAUUCAGAGAACAAGAAGAAGAGUUGAAUAGGAAAACACGUGAGUUUAUAUAGUGAGAAUUUGUUUGUUAGGUUUCUGUUUUUGAUUCAACAUAUUGAUUAGAUCUUUAAAAAAUAAACAAUUUUCAGGACUUCUGAAUGUUGUUGAAGCUGCCAAGGAAAAACUUGAAUCUGUCAUUUCGGAUCUCCAAAUUGAAGUCCGAGCCUUGAAAAACAAAGUGGAAUUCCUUGAAAAAGAAAGAGACAACCUCCAAAGUCAAAGUGAAAGUCAAACCCAACUCCAAAGUUCACAAGUUAAUGCUCUUGAAGCGGUUCUUGAUAGUGUUACAAAAGAGAAAGAAAGCACAAAAGAACAUUAUGAAAGCUUGUUGCUCAAAGAAAGACAACAAGCUGAAGCAAGAGAACAUGCUAUGAAAAAAGAGUUUAGCAGUAAAUUGAAUGAACUUGAAGAACAAUACACAUCUUUGAAGGAGGAAUUGGAAGAAUCUGCACGAUUAGAUAAGGAUGAGCUUCGAGAAUCCACACAGAUUGAGAUUCAGGCAUUGCGAACUGAAAAAUCCAUUCUUGCCGCUGAAAUUCGAGUUCUAACUCAAAAAAUUGAAGAUGAAGAGCAGGAUGAAAUGACUGAACAACUCGCCAAAAUUGUGGAGGAUACUUCACAUUUGACUCGAACAUUGGAGGAAUAUCGUGAAAGAAUUUGUGGAAAAGAUGCGGAGAUUAGUAGCUUACGAAAACAAUUGGAGCAAGAAAUGUUGAGCACUGAAAAUAGGAACAAAUUGAUGAAAGAAGCCGCUUUGAAAGAUAGUAUAGAGAAGGAUGAGGAAAAUGAAGCGAAACUCAAAGAAAUUCGCGAUGAAAUUGAUGAAAUGAAAAGAGAGUUCAAUCAUGAGAAAGAUAUCAGUAAUGAAAGAUUGCAAAAGGUUAAGGAUCUUGAAGAUCAGAAUAAGAUUCUACUCGAGAAAUUGGAAAAUGCAACAAGUGUAAGUUGUUUUUCAAAUGUCAAAUAAGGCAAAGGGACCUGUAAAACAGAUGAAUGUUUUCGUUCUUCAAAUUAAUUUUUUCAGGAUACCAAUAACACUGAAAAACUUCAAAGUGAACUCGAUGCCAAAAACAUCCGAAUUGAAGAACUCGAAAACAAAAUAAGUGAACUUGUCACCGCUGAAAGUUCCAAAAAAUUCGACCUUGAGGAAACUAUUGCGAAAUUAGAAAAUGAUAAUUCAGCUAAAACUGAUCAAUUGGAAAAACUUCACAUAAAAGUUAAUGAAAUGUUGGAGCAAGUUGGAAAUAUCAAACAACAAUUAGAUAAGAAAAAUAAGGAAAUCAAACAGAUUACCGCUAAAAAUUCACAAUCAGAGACUAAUAAAUCAGAAGCUGAAGUGAAAUUGGCCACAAUUUUGGAAGAACAAGAAUCAGAUAGGAAACACUUUGAAGAGAUUUUGCGAGCCAAAGAAACUGCUGUCAUUGAAAAAUCUCAACUUAUCGAAAAUCUUGAAAAUGAUCUGAAAAAUAAAGAAGACGAUCUUAUCGAGAUGAAAGAAAAACUCGAAGAGCUUGUGAGUCAUUUCAAUAUUCAAUUUUGAAAAUAUGAAUGUUUUUUAUUACAGACCCAACAACUCAACGAGGAAACUACUGUUGUUUUGUUUGAUAAUUCCAUCCAAGAACAAAUUAAAGAAAAGGAAUCGACAAUUCUUGAAAUGACAGAGACAAUGGAUCUCAAAGAUCAAAAGAUUCAGAAGUUAGAAGAAGAGUUGGAAAAUAAUGCUCGGCAAGAAUUUGAAGAUGAAGAAUUGAAAGACCGAAUUGAUGAGUUGGAAAAUGCUCUGGAGAGAAAAAAUGAGCUCAUUCAACAACUUCAAGAAAAACUUGCUGAUGAACCGAUUCCAGAAAAUCAAACUAGAAAACGAUCGGUGAGUUGUUUGAGAAAUUUUUUAACAACAAAUGAUAUGAAAAAUUAUCAUGUUUUUUAGUUCAUCUUAUUAUUCACCUCUAAAACUCUUUAAUUUUAGAGUCUCACAUCCCACGGCGUAUUCCAAAAUUUUGUCAGUCAAAUGAAAGACAAACGUGAAGAAGCCAGCGAACGAUCCAAGAAAAAAGAAGCAGAGAAAAAAGCAGCCAAGGAGGCUGCAAAAGAUCGUGAAAAAUCACCAUCAAGAGCAAAAUCACCAUCUUUGUUGACAAGAUUACGCGAUCGAAGUCCAGCAAAAUCGAAAUCUCCAAACUUGGAAACAACUCCCUCAACUUCUAGCAGGUAUGAAAUCUGAAAUUAAGCAUUUCAUACCUUUUAUCAUUUUUCUUGCAGAAAUCUGCUAUCACCAUCUGAUGCUGAAAAACGAAUGGAGCGAAGUUCUCCAUCUCGCCCACUUUUCAGCCGAAACAAGGCCAAAGAAUCGUCAACAUCUUCUACUUCGGCUGACAAACCCCGACCCGCCUGGAAAUUCUAA